AUGACGACGACUCCUACCAUAGAAUCUCUCACCACCAGACACACUCGACCGCCCCCGGCCAGACGUUGGCCGCCCGCCGUUAUGGCGCCUCCUCUCAUCUUGUCCCUCCCUCUGCAUCUGCGGCUUUUGCUCUUAAUUCCGCUCCUCGCACUCCAUACUUCGGCGCAAUUCCUCCCUCGCACCGACGCCGAGGCGCGCAACCUCACCGUCGUCCGUUCACCUGCAAACCGCAAUGUCACAGUAUCUUAUAAAGUCCCCGAAGGCGCAUGUGCAACCGCUUUCGAUUCGCAAAAACAGUACACGGGUUGGGUUUCGGUUCCCGGUGACUACCCAACCAAUCUAUUCUUUUGGUUUGUUGAGGCCCGCGAGCGAACCGAGAGUCUCACCAUCUGGCUCAAUGGCGGACCUGGGUCCAGCUCCAUGUAUGGAUUCUUCACUGGCAAUGGACCAUGUGAGGUUGUCGAGAAGGGUUUGGAUGACUACGACACUGUUGCUCGCGAAUGGGGCUGGGAUCGCGCUUCCAACAUGCUCUUCAUUGAUCAGCCUAACCAAGUAGGCUUCUCUUACGAUUCUCCCACCAGAGGCACCGCCAACUUUGCUCGGGGCACAGUCGACGUGCCUCCAGUGCCCAAUCCCAAUUAUCCUGAAUGGGUCUUCCGCAAUGGCACCUUUAGCUCUGGCGACAGGGAACACACCGCCAACACGACCCAGACGGCUGCCAUGGCUGUAUGGCAUAUGGUCCAGGGAUUCUUGACUACCUUUCCGCAGUAUCAGCCUUCCUCGCGCGGUCGAAACAGUUCUCUCGGAAUCAACCUCUUUGCUGAGAGCUACGGCGGCCGUUAUGGUCCCAUCUUCGCCGAGACCUUCCAGGAGCAAAACGUCCGACGUCAGAAUGGAGAGCUGCCAAGCAAUUCAACUAUCGAUGUCCAUCUUAAGUCACUGGGCAUCGUCAACGGCUGUGUCGACAUGGAAACCCAAGUGCCCUUUUACCCCAUCUUUGCCAGCGAGAACUCGUACAAUUACAAGGCCAUGUCUCCGACCGAUACCAGUUAUUAUCUCGACAAAUAUUCUUCCGAGGGCGGCUGUCGCGACCUCCUCCACCAGUGUGGCACUGCCGUUAGUUUAGGCGAUCCCGAAGGCGAGGGCGACGAAGAUGCCGUCAACCAGGUGUGCUCCAAGGCAAGGGACGAGUGCCUCGACAUCCAAAACGCCUACUUCAGCUCGAAUCGAGGCGCUUACGACCUGGCUGCCCCUUACGCGGACCCCUUCCCGCCAAUGACGUUCCAGGAGUACCUCAACCAGGCUGAAGUGCACCAUGCCAUAGGGUCACCUGUCAACUACACCAUGUCCAAUACCAACGUAUUUUACGAGUUUGCCGAGACGGGAGACAUUGCUCGCGAUGGCAAUAUCCCGCGCCUUGCCGCUCUCCUGAACCAGGGUGUGCGGAUCGGCCUCAUGUACGGUGACAGGGACUACAUCUGCAACUGGAUGGGUGGCGAAGCCGUGUCCAAGAACAUCGCCCAGGAAGCAGGCAAUGCGUACAGCACCGGUUUCCCUGAGGCCGGCUAUGCGCCCAUCAUUGUCAACGAGUCAUAUAUCGGUGGUGUUGUUCGUCAAUUUGGCAACCUGUCCUUCAGCCGCAUCUACCAAGCUGGGCACGCGGUGCCAGCCUACCAGCCGGAAACGGCGUUUCAGGUGUUUGCCCGGAUUAUAAUGGGAACUUCGGUGUCGACGGGUAAGGACAUUGACGCCGCGUCGUAUAACACGUCGGGUGACGCAAACGCUACUCACACGGAUACUCUGCCCAAGCAGAUGAAGCCAACGUGCUACGUCCGCGACUACGGUGGCACCUGUGACGAAGACGCGCAGCAGCUGGCCAUCGAUAACGACGGUGUCGUCAUCAACGGCGUACUGUACUCGUCUUCUGGGGACUGGCCUCUCGAUGCCAAAACCACCACGAAAGCCAGGACAACCACGGUAACGGCCUCGCCCACGAGCGACUUGACGGGUGUGUACACGGCCACCGAGACACCCGACGCUGGAGCUUGGAACGCGCCCAGGCCUGGGAUGGUGGUGGCCUUUGCUGGCAUGGCUGGCUUGGGAGCCAUGAUGGUGUAA